GCAGAGGAAGGGACGGAGACUGGGGAGCCUUCCGAUACUGGAGUGUAGCUUUUUUGAUAUGUGAUUUCAUCCUCUGUGAAGUCUCAAGACCCCUGGGGGGUGCAUGUCCGUCGUGCACUCCGGGAGGGAGGCUGCGUGAGUCCGUCGUCUUGAUUAUUACGCGUUGGGAGUUCUACCUCGCUCGUUUCUCGUUCUUUGCAAAAGGCACUUCCCAAGAUCCCACUUGCAGACAAGAGACAACAACCACCACCGCCAGUCAAGGGUCCCACCAUGGCAUCAACCUCCCGACGGACACCCAAACCAGCCGCAGCAGUCUACGUCCCCCGCCACCGCCGCACCGACCCCUCCACCUCCCAAAGCGCAGACGAAAUCCCAAAAGACCAGCCCCCAUCACAAUCCCACCCGUCAGAAAGCAUCCACAGCACCCACACAUCCCGCUCAUCCUCCCCAACCCCGUCAACCCCGUCCCGUACCCGCAAAGGCCGCGGGCAAUUCAAAUCACCCAUCACCGUCCCCGCCGCCGAUACCACAGCAACACGGAAAAAGGAACCGCCACCACGUGUCUACCCACCCUCGUCAUCGACCUCACAGAGGGAAUGUAACGGGAAAGGGAGCAGAGGGGGAAGUGGGCGGGUGUCGCCUGCGGCGAGUGAUGGACGGGGGGGCGCGGCGGGGAUGUCGAGUAGUGCGAGGGCGGAGGGGGCUGUUGCGCGGAAGGCGAGUGUGGGGGAGGUGGAGGAUGUGGGGAGGGAGUUGGGGAGGCUGGGGUUGGAUCCCCAUGGGGGCACGGAGGGAGGGGAAGGGAAGCGGGAUGAGCAGGAGGAUUGGGAGAGGUUGGAUACGGAUGAGGAGGAGGAUCAGACACCUGCUGCUGAGGUCGCGGCGGCGGCGUCGAGACGAGUGGGGGAUUGGGUUGAAGAUGCAUCAACAACAACCCUCGACAUCCACUCCUUCCCACCCGCCUUCCGCACGCACGACCUCGAGCUGAUCUUUGAAGACUUCACACACACGCGCGGCGGGUUCCGCAUCAAAUGGGUCGACGAUACCCGGGCACUGGUUGUGUUCAGACAUCCGGACACCGCGCGGGCGGCGUAUGCCAAGGCGCUGGGGAAUCCUUUUAUACGGGUGAAACCACAUACAGGCGAGAUCCCGGAUGACGGAUACCGAACCCCGCGGUCCCCGGCCCCCGUCAAAUCCGACAUGGUGGCCCGUCGCCUGGUGGCAGGCGCGCUCGGCAUGCGGUCGGCGAAGAAGACGGCGGAGGAGGUGGAGCGGGAUCGGGAGAAGUUGCAGAAGGCUCGAGACAAAAUCGCAUUGGAAAAGAAACAACGCGAAGAAAGGGAACGACGGCUGGCGGCCGCGUGGGACGGGUGA